ACUAAAUCACAGUCAAGACCAUCACACACACAGCAGAAGCAGCUGAGUAGCUCAUCAGACAACUUCUGAAUUUCAGUCCUCAAAGAACAAAUUCGAAUCCAAAACCCCAUUUAAAUGGCAUAUACCGUGGGUUCGUCCACACCCAUUUGCUCCUUCAAUCCCUCGAGCAAGCCCACGUCUGUUCCUCAUAAGGCUUUUCGGAUCAUUGAGGCGUUCCAAAGCACAAACCCCAUUAGGCUUUUGCCUUGUGCGGCCAAGGCUUCAGAUGGUGCAGAUAGUAACCAAACCAGAAAAAACAAAAGCAUACUUUGUUCUGACUGCAAUGGAAAUGGUGAUAUAUGGUUCUUCUGCUUAAAUUCCCAACUUUUACUCAAACUUUUACAAUGUUCUCUUGAUUAUGAUUCAAAUAUAGACCCGUGACAUGCGACGGUGUCAGUAUCGGGACGCCGGGAAUGGCGCUGCGACCGUAUCCCCUUUGUCCGUGGCUUGCUGCAGCCUUUCUUUCUUUGUUUUGUUUGGCUCUAUGUUCUUAAAAUCUGUCCCCUCAAAACCAAGUUUUCUGGUGUCAAUUUCCUUUAGUACUGUUUUCUUCUACAUAUUCAAUUCUUGGGGCCAUGUCUCCGAGGUUGUUGGAUGAUUCUCCGUGCACUAUAUGUCACAAUCACACUUUUCUUGGUAGUGGACUUUGUGAUUGUGCGGCACUCACUCUCAACACCAAGUGAGUCAAGCUAGUUUGUAUUCGCGUCGCCUAUG